AUGCACCUCUCUGCCUCAACAUAUAUCACUUUCCUCUUGGGCCUGGGCACGCUAGCAACAGCCCAAGUGACAGCCAGGUCUAUCAAAUGCGUUUGCGACGGUAUCGCCGAGAAUUCCCAGACUGCCUGUGCUCAAACUGGUGGAAGCUUCAAUAAUACCGGUUGUGGAUUUGCAGGUUGCUGUGUUUAUGCCAAUAACGAACAAACUAGGUUUAUUGAAAAUUGUAGGACGCUGGGAUAUGGCUUUAGGCGCUGUGAUGAUUGUCGUUCUUGUUGA